GCCUAGAGAAACUUGUGCGGGGCCAUUUUCGGGGCAGUAAGAUCGAGCGAGGAGCCCGAGAGCGAGCGCGCAGCCCGAGAGCUCGAGCCGCCUCCGCCGCGAGACGCCCCCCGGCCGCCGCCGCCGCCUGCGCCGCGCGAUCCGCACCGGCCCCCCGAGAGCGAGCCCCGGAGCCGCGCCCGCCCGCCGCGCUAACCGCCCACCAACCGCCGCCGAGGCGCCCGAGCGAGAGCAGACGAGGCGGCAUGAGCGAAGCGGGCGAGGCCACCAGCACCACCACCCCCGGCGGCGGCGGCAGCAGCAGCCUCCCGCAGGCUCCGGCGGAGGCGGCCCCCGCGGCGCCCCAGGACCCCGCGCCCAAGAGCCCGGGGGGCAGCGGCGCGCCCCAGGCCGCGGCCCCCGCGCCCGCCGCCCUCGCCGCGGGAAACCCCGGUGGGGACGCGGCCCCCGCAGCCACGGGCACCGCGGCCCCCGCCUCUUCGGCCCCCGCCGGCGGUGAGGACGCGGAGAAAAAAGUUCUCGCCACCAAAGUCCUUGGCACUGUCAAAUGGUUCAACGUCAGAAAUGGAUAUGGAUUUAUAAAUCGAAAUGACACCAAAGAAGAUGUAUUUGUACAUCAGACUGCCAUCAAGAAGAAUAACCCACGGAAAUACCUGCGCAGUGUAGGAGAUGGAGAAACUGUAGAAUUUGAUGUGGUUGAAGGAGAGAAGGGUGCAGAAGCAGCCAAUGUGACUGGACCAGACGGAGUUCCUGUAGAAGGAAGCCGUUAUGCUGCUGAUCGGCGUCGAUACAGACGUGGUUACUAUGGCAGACGCCGUGGACCUCCCCGUAAUUACGCUGGGGAGGAGGAGGAGGAAGGGAGCGGCAGCAGUGAAGGAUUUGACCCCCCUGCCACUGACGGGCAGUUCUCUGGGGCCCGGAGUCAGCUGCGCCGCCCCCAGUAUCGCCCUCAGUACCGGAGGCGGUUCCCGCCUUACCACGUGGGACAGACCUUUGACCGUCGCUCACGGGUCUUUCCCCAUCCCAACAGAAUGCAGGCCGGUGAGAUUGGAGAGAUGAAGGAGGGAGUCCCAGAGGGGACACAGCUGCAGGGACCGGUUCAUCGAAAUCCAACUUACCGCCCAAGGUACCGGAGAGGCCCUCCUCGCCCCCGACCUGCCCCAGCUGUUGGUGAGGCUGAAGAUAAAGAGAACCAACAAGCAGCCAAUGGUCCAAACCAGCCAUCUGCUCGCCGUGGAUACCGGCGCCCAUACAACUAUCGGCGUCGCCCCCGUCCUCCUAAUGCUCCUUCACAAGAUGGCAAAGAGACCAAGGCAGGUGAAGUUCCAUCUGAGAACCCCGCUCCAGCCACCGAGCAGAGCAGUGCUGAGUAACACCAGGCUCCCCAGGCACCUUUACCAUCACCAGGUGACCUAAAGAAUUAAUGACCAUUAGAAAAGAUAAAGCAUAAAGCAGACCGUGACCUUACCAACACCAAAGAAACAUCCAAGCAAUAAUGUGGAAGACUAAUAACCAAGAUGUGGACAUUAGAAUGUUUACUAUUAUUCUUUAUGAAACAACUACAAAAGAAAAAUGUCAGCCAAUAUUUCUAGCAAGCUGAGAUCCCGGGAAUACCUGCACAAAAGACAAGAGAGCAACCUCCCCAGUUUCAGCAACCACUAGGUUUAUAUUUUUUUCCUGGUUUUUACUGUUUUGGUAAUAUGAAUUGAAAGAAGAAAUAUUAAUACCACAUGGGGGGAACCCCAACCAAAGAAAUCUGAAAUAUAUAGUAAAUGCUUUUUUUUCCUUUUUUGUUCAUUUUGGAUGCUGGUGCUAAACUUCCAAGUGUCGUGAUUUAAAAAGAAAUUUUAUGCCCUUCUUAUUUAUUUCUAGGAUGAGGGGAGGAUAACAUUUUUGCUUUCUUAUGUGACUCUUUAAAAAUGUGCAGUAUGAAGUUCCUCAAGAAUAAAAUUUUUACCCUUGAAAGGAA